AUGUCAAGAAUUUAUAUGAAUUUAAUAUUUAUUAUUUUAAUAUGUUUUAAAAAAUUAGUUUUAUCCGACGACGACACUAUUGACUUAUUAGAUCUACACAAUGAUCCAGGGAUAAUUAAUACCUCAGAAAAGAAAGGGCCUUUAGAGACUAUUAAAUCUAUUCCUGUAUCAAGAAAUAAAUAUAAAACUGUCAGAGAAGCUGAUAAAAUCAUAUAUGAAUGUUCUGGGGAUAAUGAAGGUAUCGAUUAUGUUACUGUACAAAAAUAUUACGGUAAAAUUAAACUCAUAAAUAUAACUAUUUCCACCGAGGAUUACUACGAAACUGAAAACAAAUUCUUUUUCAAAUUCAUACAUAAUUGGUAUUUAAUUGAUCAGGAUAUUUAUGAAAUGAUUUUUGAUGGAUUCCUUACUGAACGUAAUAUGGACAUUUAUAACUUUCAAGAUGAUGGAACAUUUAUAAUAGAGGAGCAUAAUCUCCAUGGAUUAAAAGGAACUGUAUUUUUACCUAAAGAAGAAUUUCAGUUAGUUGGAGUUUUACACAAUGGAAAACCCAUCUGGAUGUCUAAAGAUCAAUCAUUUAAAUGCACCUCUCUUAUAGUUCAUGGAGAACUUCAAUCAACAAUACUUGUUAAUGCGAAUGUUAAAUAUGAAACUGAUGAAGAUGGAGAUACGGUUUCUGAAAAAGAAGAAUCUGGACAUCAUGAAUUGAAAGAUGGUAAAGAAGCUGAACAAAAAGAACCAUGUCUACCAGGGUUGUUGGAAAAAUUAGAAAUUAUGAAAAACGAAAAAUUAGAAGAAUUAAAAGAAAAGUUAAAAGAAGAAUUAAAAUCUUUAUCACCAGAUGAAGAUCCUGAAAUUAUGUACAUUCCUACAUUAUUAAGAUCAAUAUUUGAAGAUCACCAUUCUGAACAAGAGUGCCAAGAAACAGCUUCAGCAGAACCUACACAAUCUCUACUUUGCCAGCAGGUAUUUUACGAAAAGAUCAAUGAGAAAUGGACUAAAGUAUCCAAAAGUGAGUUUUACACAAAGUUGAAUGAAUUAGACGAAGAAAUGUUAAAAUAA